CCAGCCGUCGGCCCGGCCGAGCAGAGCGUCGGGGCCGCACCCGAGGGCUGCCCGGGCGGCGCGGCCGGAACCAUGCGGACCGACUCCGGAGCGGCUGAGCGCAGCCGGCCGCUGCACUUGCUGUCCCGAGCUCUGCGCACGCUGCCUGCCUUCUUCGCCUCUUCUCGCCGCCGGAGAGCGGAAUAAAGUAGGGGAGACGCGCCCGGCCCGUGCGCGGGACCCCCGUCGGGGCUGAAAGCCCGUGUCCGGGACCUGCCGAGGUCGGCGGCGGCGAGCUCAGCGGCUAUCCGGCUCGGUCGAGCGGCCCUCGGGGAUGCACAGGGAAGGCCCUGCUGCCCGUGAAGUCUCCAGGGGCUGCAGGAUGGCGGCUCUCGGGGCCCCCUGACUCUGCACCCCGUGAGUUCCGUCAGCGAGUGCCACCCUGAAGGCACCCCUAACGGGGACCGGACGCCCGGCUGAGGCAAGGAAUGGCUUAGGAGUCCCUGGCCCUGUAGCCCGGCGUCGUCUGCUGCUGGACGUCGCGGCAGAAGGGAGAGGCCUGAGUGGAAAGCGUCGCGAGACACCGAGGAGGCCCCGGGGUCGCCGGGGCCACGACUUCUGGGGACUGCUCUACGCCCCUUGGAGACGCGCCGCCCGCGCCCAGGGUGGUGCCAUGUGGGGCGGACGCCGCUCGUCCGCCUCCUCCCGCAACGCCGCCUCGCUCCUGCAGCUGCUGCUGGCCGCGCUGCUGGCGGCGGGGGCGCGGGCCAGCGGCGAGUACUGCCACGGCUGGCUGGACGCGCAGGGCGUCUGGCGCAUUGGCUUCCAGUGCCCCGAGCGCUUCGACGGCGGCGACGCCACCAUCUGCUGCGGCAGCUGCGCGCUGCGCUACUGCUGCUCCAGCGCCGAGGCGCGGCUGGACCAGGGCGGCUGCGACAACGACCGCCAGCAGGGCGCCGGCGAGCCUGGCCGAGCGGACAAAGACGGCCCCGACGGCUCUGCAGUGCCCAUCUACGUGCCGUUCCUCAUCGUUGGCUCCGUGUUUGUCGCCUUUAUCAUCUUGGGCUCCCUCGUGGCAGCCUGUUGCUGCAGAUGUCUCCGGCCGAAGCAGGAGCCCCAGCAGAGCCGAGCCCCCGGGGGCAGCCGCUUGAUGGAGACCAUCCCCAUGAUCCCCAGCGCCAGCACCUCCCGGGGCUCGUCCUCCCGCCAGUCCAGCACGGCCGCCAGCUCCAGCUCCAGUGCCAACUCGGGGGCCCGGGCGCCCCCAACAAGGUCACAGACCAACUGUUGCUUGCCUGAGGGGACCAUGAACAACGUGUAUGUCAACAUGCCCACGAAUUUCUCUGUGCUGAACUGUCAGCAGGCCACACAGAUCGUGCCGCAUCAAGGGCAGUAUCUGCAUCCCCCGUACGUGGGGUACGCGGUGCAGCACGACUCGGUGCCCAUGACGCCUGUGCCCCCUUUCAUGGACGGCCUGCAGCCCGCGUAUAGGCAGAUUCAGUCCCCCUUCCCCCACACCAACAGUGAACAGAAGAUGUACCCAGCAGUGACCGUAUAACUCAGCGUCACCAGCCGGGUUCCUCUGCGAGACUGAGAGGAAAACAGGGAUGGAUUCUCAAGGUCAAAGUGCACGCAUGUUGUGUUCAUGGCUUUUGGAUGGCUUCGUUUGCCCCAAUGUGUAUGCAAACAUCUCCGAAUUAGCAUUUCUGGGUGUUUCAUCCCAGUGUGUCGUUGAUUUAUGAUGGGAAAACAGCCUCAGCUGGAGAUGGCUGUGCUGUUGCUGAUGAGUGUAUGACAAAUGCUUGAGUCCCAAGUGCCCUUGAGGUGUGGUUGUCAAAAGAAUUUUAUAAACUGAUAGAUUAAGCAUUUUUGUUAUGUCAUUAUAAUUGCUUUUUUGUUUUUGAUGGUACAAGAUCAAACAAAAUACCUGUUAGGUCUGUUUUACCUGGGCCAUUGUUUUACAUGAACGUCAAGGUUGAGGGGAAGACGUAAAUAAUACAGCUGUUAUAAGAGGAAACCAGCUGGAACUCCAAGAGAUCAGACAUCAACCUCAGUAUUCCACAGGCACAUCUUCAUUUCACUGUAAAAUGAUAUAUAUAUAUUUUGUCUAUUUUUGUGCUUUUUUGGACCUACUUUGUGCUUUUUUACCUUGUGUAGAGAUCUUAUUACAAAAUGUUUUCUACAGUAAAAAGAGACUGAAAGAAAUUGUAUAGUUACUUACCUAAUGAAGACAGUGCAGAAGUCUGGGAUUAUUUUAAUCUUGAAGUAGUGGGUGGCGUAGCAAUGAAACCAUUCUUCCCCCUCUUGAUUAUAUCUUAAUUUUCUGGCUUUACAGUGACAGCUGAUAAACUGUCACCUGCUGCACUCUGAGUUACUUUUAAUUUUGUCACGUGGUAUGGUUUGGCAUUUUGUUCUGUUGGGUUCUCAGGUCCCCGUGUUUCUGUAGUCCUGAAUGCAAGUAAUGACUAUAGUUGCAAAGGAAGAUCAGUAUUUCUGCCUAAACCUGAUAAAACAUUGUUUUAGUUAUAAAAAUGCACAGAAAUGCAUUACAAAGUAUAGCUCCUCAGCCAUAAUCCUGAGACUUGGGUGAAAUUUAAACCACAGAGAUGAUUUACUUUGCAAGCCAUAAGGCUUUUUAUACUCUUGUUAUCAAAAUGGCUUAUUUUUCAGGCAACAGGGACUAGUAAGGCAAGAGAAAAGCUUUUCAAAGAAACACUGCCUUUCUUCCCCAGCACAGUUCUUGUUUCCUCUCUUCCAGGCCUCAACAAGCACUAUAUUCACCGCCAAUGUUCUGAAUUGUCAAAUUCAAGUGAAUUUAUUUGUGUAUUGUUUUACUUAUAAAAAGGACAACUUUAAGUAUGUGCAAGUAAAUUUCCGACUGCUAGCAAAACCAAGAGUUUGUAAUUAAAUAAAUCAUUGUAUGGUAUGGUCUUUUACAUAUUUAUAUCUAUAGAUAUCUAUCUUCCUAUCCUUAUCUGUCUCAUGACUGAAUAAUGUAAAACCAUUGUUGGUAAUUGGUAUCAACAAAGAUAAUCUUUUUUAAUAACCAAAGGCAGGGGAAAAUCAUUUUCCUUAUUAAUAAAAUAUUUUAUGAUGUAAGUUCCUAGGGGAGCUAAGUUUUUUUAAUUUUCAUUGUACUUGAU